AUGCCUGAUAGAACUCUAGCCCUAGAUCACCUCCCCGUAGAGCUGCUUUACGAGAUUUACUCGUUCGCGCUUUCUAGCGCAUUUCCCUUGACCUCCAAAUACAUCUACACCGUCUUCAAGACUGCGCCCUCGUCGAUCCAUGGAGAUUUCCUCAUCGACUCCUAUAACGCACAGUCCCAGAAAUCAGCUACUGCUCGUGCCUUCGGAUUCAUAUCUCAAGCCCUCCGAUAUCCCAUCUGCACCAUCCCCGUCCUCUCAUCAGUUUUCCACAACCCUCGCUGCCCACGCAUUCCUAUGCGUGGGAACCACGACUUCAUGCCCACCGUUCUUCCCCGACGACUAUUCCGUAACUUAUCUCCCCGCCAUCAUGGGUCUUGGACGGACACCGACGAGCCUCUCCCAUUCCUGCGCUUCCUUUACACUCAUCCUCGCAUACCACCGAUCGCCACGAACUCGCACGACGGCUACGCGCUCACUCGCGCCGUCUUCGCCGACCACGUCCCUCUCAUCAGAUUCCUUCUCGCGAACGAGGCGUCACCUGGCUGUAGGGACAACAUCGCGGUCAUGGUCGCCAUUCGGAAGCGCAACCUCCCUCUCGUCAGGAUGCUCAUCGAACGCGAUUGGACCGGCCCGGUAGACAGCCUAGAAAUGAAGCCUAAGAGGCGGAAGAAGCUCCUCUUUGCCGGAGGCCCGGGAGGAGACGAUGGAACAGAGCCAGGAGGGAGCGAAGGUUCUCACACAGCAUCGAGCGACGCCAGUGGUUCCAGCAGCGGAGGAGGAGGCUCAACACUAGGGAAACGGAGGAAGCUUGGGGAUAGGGUCAAAACGGACUCGAUCAUGUUGAGAGAAGCCGUGAAGGGCGACGCUAGGGACAUCGUGGACUAUCUCAUGAAGGAGAAGGGGGUUAGCCCGGACAUGCAGACCGUUCUACUGAUGCAGUCAAUGUGA